AUGUUCGCUAUCAAGACUAUUGGCCUGACUGCCAUGCUCCUGGGCUUGUGCCAGGCUGCUCCCGCCGUGCAAGCUCGCCAGGAUAUUCAGCUUUUGUUUCUAUGCAACGACCCGAACCAAGUUGACUGCCUAGACUUUCAAACGACUCCAGACCAAUGCUCCAAUAUUCCAGGCGGGUACAACGACAAUGUGAGCUCGCUCAACACAUUUAGUGACUCGAGCAUUUGCACAUUUUACAAGUACUACAACUCUUGCUACCCUUUUUAUGAAUAUCACUCUAAUCUUUACUCUAGCAACCCGGAUUGUGAUGAGAGUGCAGGCUCCAUCGCUCUUGGUGGCGCUCAGGACAGCCUCCCGACGGGCUUUGACAAUACCCUGAGUUCACUCAAAUGCCACAUUUGCUUCCUUCCCGAGGGGUGCUCUUAG